AUGGAUAUAACUGAAAGUGAGUUUACUAUCUUUGAAGUAACACCUGAUCCUAAUGAAUUAAAUAACAAAAGAAUAAAAGAAAUCAAAGGAGGAAAAGUGAAUAUUAAAGAAUUAUUUCGAUAUGCAGGAGUAUUUGAGAUAAUAUUAUUAAUAAUUGGAAUUAUAGGGUCAAUAGGGGUUGGAUGUUUAAAUCCAUUGCUAAUGAUAUUAACAGGAGAUGUAGUUGAUACAUUUGUUAAUGGAGAAAAUUUUUCAAAAGAAGGAGGAAGUAUUAAAAUAACAACAGAAGAAAUGAAUUAUGAAAUAAUGAAUAGUAUUUCAGAUACAAUAAAUAAAUUAGUAUUAAAAAUGUUAUAUUUCGCUAUAGGAAAUAUGGUUGCUGGAUUUUUACAAACAAUAUGUUUUUUUGUUUUAUCUGAAUAUCAAGGAAUAAAAAUUAGAUCAUUAUACUUUAAGGCAUUAUUAAGACAAGAUCCUGGAUGGUUUGAUUGUCAUAAAACAGGUGAACUUACUUCAAAAAUUAUUAAUGAUAUUCAAAAAAUUCAAGAUGGAAUGUCUUUAAAAUUUGGAAGACUUUUUCAAACAUUUUCUUCAUUUAUUACUGGUUAUCUCAUUGGAUUUAUUAAAUGUUGGGAUCUUACUUUAGUUGUUCUUUGUAUGUUUCCUUUUAUAAUGGUUUCAAUGAUGGGGUUGGGAAUGUCUGCUGGAAUUUUUACAAUGAAAAGCCAUAAACCAUUUAGUGAAGCUUGUUCUAUCGCUGAACAAACAAUAGGAAAUAUUAGAACAGUUCAUUCAUUAACUCAAGAACGUAGUUUUUGUGAAUCGUACAAUACUAAAAUAAUGGAAACAGAUAAAUAUAAUAUUAAAAAAAGUAUUGGAAUUGGAACUGGACUUGGUUGCAUGAUGUUUUUUAUUAUGUCAUCUAAUGCACUUGGAAGUUGGUAUGGUAAUUUUGUUGUUAGAGGUAAAGGUGGAAGUGAUAAUGUAAAAGCUGGUACUGUUCUAACCGUUUUUAUGUCUGUACUUCUUGCUACUCAAUCAUUAUCUCAAAUAUCUACACCAAUAAAUAUAUUAAAUAGUGCUAAAGUUGCCGCAUUUAAUGUUUAUCAAACAAUUGAUAGAAUCCCAGAUAUUGAUUGUCAGUCUAUUGGAGGUGAAUGUCCAACUGAGUGUAAUGGAAAUAUUAGAUUUGAGGAUGUUCAAUUUGUUUAUCCAACAAGACUGUCUCAUCAUGUAUUAAAAGGACUUGACCUUGAAAUUAAGAAAGGACAAACAAUUGCAUUAGUUGGAGCAUCAGGAUGUGGGAAGUCAACUACUAUUCAAUUAAUCCAAAGAAAUUAUGAUCCAAAUGGUGGAAGAGUAACAUUAGACGGAAAAGAUAUACGAGAGUUGAAUAUCAAAUGGUUAAGAAAUCAAAUAGGAUUAGUUGGACAAGAACCAGUGUUGUUUGCAGGAACAAUUCGAGAAAAUAUUAUGCUUGGAGCUAAAGAAGGAGCAACACCAAGUGAAGAAGAGAUGAUUGAAUGUGCUAAAAUGGCAAAUGCACAUGACUUCAUUUCUAAACUUCCAGAAGGAUAUGACACAAUAAUUGGAGAAAAAGGAGCAUUAUUAUCAGGAGGACAAAAACAAAGAAUUGCAAUUGCACGUGCAUUGAUUCGAAACCCAUCUAUUCUUCUUCUUGAUGAAGCUACAUCAGCACUUGAUACACAAAGUGAAAAGAUUGUACAAGAAGCACUUGAAAAAGCAUCUAAAGGAAGAACAACAAUUAUUGUAGCACAUAGACUAACAACUGUUAGAAAUGCAGAUAAAAUAUGUGUAUUUCAUCAAGGAGAAAUUAUUGAACAAGGAAAACAUCAAGAAUUAAUGGAUUUGAAAGGAACAUAUUAUGGAUUAGUCAAAAGACAAAGUAUGGAAGAAGAAGUUGAUCAAGAAACCGUUGAAAAUGACUUAAAGAAAUUUAGAGAACAAGAAGAUAAAGAAGUAGAAAAUAUUUCAUUAGAACAAACAAACCUUCAUAACGAAAAUAGUAUCGUCAAACAAAUCAAACAAGAAUAUAAAGAAGAACAAAAAAAAUUAAAACAUUCAAAUAGGUUUGUAUUAUUUAGAGUGAUUUGGAAUAACUAUAAACAUGAAUAUAUCUUUUGUACAUUGGGUUUGAUUGGAGGAAUAGGUGCAGGUGCAGCCUUUCCAUUUUAUUCUCUUAAUUUUGUUGAUUUGAUUCGUGUUUUAAUGAAACUUCAUCCAGGAAUAAAUCUAACCGAUGAACAAGCUAACAGUAUUUUAAGGAGUUGUAUGAUAAUAAUUUGUAUUGGAAUUAUCACUAUGAUUUCUUUCUUUUGUUAUGUUGGUUUGUUUAUGGCAGCAGGAGAAAAGAUGAUUGGAAGAAUCCGAAGAAGAUUUUAUUAUUCUAUUAUGCACCAAAAUGUAUCAUGGUUUGAUCGAAGAGAAAAUAUGGUUGGUGCUGUAACAACAAAACUUACAUCUGACCCAACGUCUUUACAAGGAAUUUCUGCAGAACGUGUUGGUGAUAUAAUAGAAAUAAUGUCAACAGUUGGCUUUGGAUUCGGCAUUGGAUUAUAUUUCUCAUGGAAAUUAUCGUUAUGUAUAUUAGCAGUCUUCCCGAUUAUUUCAUUCUUUAUGUUUAUUAACGGUCAACUCAAUUCAAAGAAUGCAGCCCCAGCAAAGGCUGCAUAUGAACAAUGUGGAGUUACUUUAGUAGAAGUUGUUGAGGCAAUGAAAACAGUACAGUCAUUAGGAAAAGAAGAUUACUUCUCACAAAAAUAUAAUAACGACCUCCAAAUCCCUAAAAGAGGAAUUAUAAAGUGGGGACCAUUACUUUCUAUAACUAAUGCAAUUACUAACCUACUCACUUUCUCUAUUAAUGCUUAUGGAUAUUAUCUUGGUAUUUGUUUCAUGAAGAAAACAAUCAACUAUCAACAAGACGUUCCAAAUUUUGUGGACGAAAUUAUUGAUACUUUCGGUGAUAUUCAAAAGGCAUUAAUGACUAUUAACAGUGCUACAACAUCCUUUGCUCAAAUAGGAAAUGUCCUUCCAGAUGUUGGAAAAGCUGUUGGAGCAGCUAAGAGUAUUUACAAUAUUAUUGAUAGAAAACCAAGUAUUGAUUGUUAUAGUGAAGAAGGUGAAACAUUUAAUGAUGUUAAAGGUGAAAUUGAAUUUAAAAACAUCCACUUCAGAUAUCCAACAAGAGCUGAUAAUGAAGUAUUGAAAGGUAUUUCAUUCAAAGCAGAACAAGGGAAAACAAUUGCAUUAGUUGGAGCAUCAGGAUGUGGGAAAUCAACUACUAUUCAAUUAAUUGAAAGAUUUUAUGAUCCAACAAGUGGAGAAGUGUUAUUAGAUGGACAUAAUAUCAAAGAUUUAAAUAUUCAUUUCUUAAGAAAUCAAAUAGGAUUAGUUGGACAAGAACCAGUAUUAUUUGCUGAAAGUGUUAUAGAUAAUAUUAAAAGAGGAGUGCCUGAAGGAGUUGAAGUAAGUAAUGAACAAAUUUAUGCUGCUGCUAAAAUGGCAAAUGCACAUGACUUCAUUUCAGCAAUGCCAGAAGGAUAUAACACAAUGGUAGGUGAUAGAGGAAGUCAAUUAUCAGGAGGACAGAAACAAAGAAUUGCUAUUGCACGUGCAUUGAUUAGAAAUCCAAAAGUGUUAUUACUUGAUGAAGCUACAUCAGCACUUGAUUCAGAAAGUGAAAAGAUUGUACAAGAUGCACUUGACAAAGCAUCAAAAGGAAGAACAACAAUUGUAAUUGCACAUAGAUUAUCAACUAUUCAAAAUGCAGAUAAAAUAUAUGUUAUUAUGAGAGGAAAAAUAGUAGAACAAGGAAAACACCAAGAAUUAAUAGAUUUGAAAGGAUUUUAUUAUACACUUGCUAUGCAACAAUUUGGAACUGUGAAUUAA